AUGCCAAGGUCUGCCGAAGUCUACCGCUUCUUGCGGCCCGUUCUCCACCAGAAUGACUUGCGUUCAGCAUUGAAACCUUUGUAUGCUCGCUCCUUCUCCGCCUACACCAGGCUAGCCUCGAAGAAAUCCGUCAAGGACUCUCCGACCGGCGAUUACGAGAAACGCAUCGCUCAGCUGCAGGCCAACAAAUCGUUGCAAGACUGCUGGCCACGUCUGCCACAGCGUCAUGAUGUUGCUAGAAUAUCCGUGAACGAUUUGAAAAAGAGCUGUGCAACUUUAGAUAAUGGUGCUACCAAGCUUGACGAUAAACACAUCGUCUCUGGCAGAGUCCGCUCUGUGCGCACUGCCGGCUCCAAGCUGGUCUUUAUCGACAUAGAACAAGAUGAUCGUGUCGCCCAAGCAAUCUGUAAUUUCUCCCACCUCGAUCAGAACGGCGUGCCUCGUGAGCAGUUCAAUGCUUUCAAGCGCGUCGUUCGCCGAGGUGAUUGGUAUACCUUUGUUGGUCAUCCACACAAGGCACAAGGUGGGGAGGAGAGUAUUCUUGCGACUGAGCUUCCACAGCUCAUGUCACCGUCGCUCCAUCAGAUUCCUGCUCAACUCGAUGAUGCCGAGACACGCGCGCGUAGACCCCAUGUCGACAUGCUGGUUCAUCGUCAAGCCGUGCAGACACUCAAGAUUAGAUCUGCCAUCGAGCGUGGCAUUUCAACCUUCUUCGACAACCAAGGCUACUCCAAAGUUAGCACGCCUCUGCUGACUGCAGGUGCUGGUGGCGCAGUAGCCCGACCCUUCGAGACUGUCGCUACAGAAAUGCUGGACACAACCCUCAACCUUCGCAUAGCCCCAGAACUGUGGUUGAAGCGGUUGGUUGUUGGCGGCCUAGGCAAGGUCUACGAAAUUGGACCAGCCUUUCGCAAUGAGGGCGUAGAUGCAACACACAAUCCUGAGUUUACCAUCUGCGAAUCUUACAUGCCGUUCGCUGAUCUGGAUCAUCUCAUGAAGAUGACCGAGGACCUGUUGGCUGGGCUGCAUGAAGAAUUGUGCAAGUUGGGUGAAGAGAAUUUCAAGCACCUUGGUGACACUGCUGUCAACUUUGACACAACCGAGGCUCACCUCUUCCAAGGACCUUUUCCACGUCUCCCCUUCAUACCUACUAUCGAGAAAGAGAUGGGGAAGCAAUUGCCAGACCUCGGCAACGACAAUGCAACACAACAGAUACUGGACCUCUUUACUGAGAUGAACAUUGCGAUCCCUGCCAGACCAACACUUCCACGCCUCUUGGAUGACCUGGCCGGCCAAUAUAUUGAGCCUCUCUGUAUCAGCCCGACCUUCAUUACCGAGCACCCUGCUGUCAUGUCGCCGCUUUCGAAAUCAUACAUCUGCCCUAAAACCUCUCAACUUAUCUCGGCUCGUGCAGAACUCUUUAUUCGAGGCAACGAGUACGCUAACAUGUACGAAGAGGAGAACUCGCCUUUUGCUCAACGCGAGAAAUUCGUAGAGCAGCUCAAAUACCGCGAAGUCGAUGGUGAAGGUGAUGGCAGAGCAGAGGUAGAUGAGAGCUACCUCGAGGCUCUUGAGUGGGGACUGCCUCCUACCGGAGGUUGGGGUAUGGGUAUUGAUCGUCUGGUCAUGCUUUUCACCGGUCAAAAACGCAUCGGAGACGUCUUGCCUUUUGGCACUUUGAGGAAUGUUGUCGGUCUUGCUACGAGGCAGACGUGA